UGGGAUAAAAAGGAAAACACCAUUUCCCUGCCUAAAACUGAUCUCAGAUUGCCUCAGCAGAGGGCUGGCAAGUGAGAUGAUGUUGUGGUCAUUCAAGCCACGUCAAGUAGGAUGUCUAAUUGAAACUACCAGUUCAGAAUUGUGAGAAACCUGGAUCUCAGUAGUUGUCAACACUUGACAGUGUAGGGCCUAUAUAUUGGAUCUGAGCAGGGCACUCUGUCCUCCAGGAGUCCUUGUCCAGUGGUGGGAUUCAGCUGGUUCGCACCGCUUGGGCAAAACCGGUAGCUAAUUUUUUGUUGCCCAGGCCCAGAAUGGACUUCCGAAAGCGGUAUCCACACAGAGACCCGGUUGUUUAUAUAUUUGAAUCCCACCACUGUCCUUGUCCCAACUCAAAGCUCAAAAAAAGGAUCACUGUGAGCAGGCAACCUUUCUUUUCCCUUUUUCCUUUCUGCCUGCCUCCUGCCCUCAUUAUUUUUGUAAAUAACUCAAGGCAGUGAACAUGCAUAAUAUUCCUUCCUACUCCUAUUUUCCCCACAACAACAACCCUGUGAGGUGGGUUGGUCUAAGUCGAGAUAGUGCCUGGACAAUGGUUCAUACUUUUUAUCUCACUGGCAUUUAUUUUUACCAGUUCAUAUGCUGCAAACCUUCAACCAGCUCCACGCCACUCACAUUAUGAACACAUACAUGCACAUUGUCAACUUUUUAAAAAGACAGCAGCUGUUAAAACUAAAUUUUCUAAAAUGCCUGGAGAAAACCAUAGUUGGUUAUCCCUCCUAAACUGUAAUAAGCAUGCCCUGAACCCCAGCAACAGUUAUUCCACCAAGAAAACUCUCCCGUGGAGCCAUGCAGACAUUACACUUGUUAUACAGGACUUAUAACAGUUCAUUUAGUGACCGUUCGACGUUACAAUGGCACGGAAAAAAGUGACUUGACUUUUUUUCACACUUACCACAGUUGUGGCAUCCCCCUAGUCCUGUGAUCAACAUUCAGACAGCUUGGCAGCUGAUUCCUAUUUAUGACAGUUAUAGUCUCCCAUGACCCUGGGUCCCCUUUUUGUGACCUUCUGACAAGCAAAGUUAAUGGGGAAGUCAGAUUCACUUCACAGCCGUGUCACUAACUUAACAAUUGCAGCGAUUCCCUUAAUAACUGUGGCAAGCAAGGUAGUAAAAUGGAGCAAAAUUCACUUAACAAGUGUCUCACUUAGCAACAGAAAUUUGCGGGCUCAGUUGUGGUCAUAAGUCGAGAACUACUUUUCAAUUGGAGGAAAGGAGAACCUAACUAAUGUAUCCUUUUUGAUUGUGUGGAGGUUGUGUUGCCCGACUGCGUACGUGCGAAGCGAACUUGGCCAAGGAGAACCUUUUACAGCUUCGCGCAAGCUGCGGUCAGCCGCUGAGAACCGAACUCGCCUGGCGGCGCCUUGGCACAACCGUCCCACGAGGGGAGAUUCUCACAGCUACUUAAAAAUACGUGUUAUCUGCGCGCACGUGCUGCAAGCAGGAUCCCGGCGACCCCGCGGAGCAGCCGCCGUCCUGCUCCGGAUUCCCGCUCCCUUUUCCUCGGAAGCCACAACUGAACUCGGCGCCUUCGGACUCCAGGCAGCCGCAGCAGCAGCAGCAGCAGCAGCAACGCGCAAGGAACGGGGAGGGAAUGGCGACAAGGGAAGCGAGACGGCGGAGCGCGCUCUCUCAUCCCUGCAAGGCUACCUCCCGGGCGUAGGAAACCUCCUGAUUGGCUGGAGGACCUGCCGGGCUCCCAAUUAAAGUGCAGCCGCGGAGCUGCGAGGAGGAUCGGGGAGAAGGAAGAGCUGCUCCCGUCGCCCGCCGCGGUGGCAUCUUCUAGAUCGGCAGCCGGAGGGCGGGUAACCAGAUCCCCGGCGAGAUGGGAAGCAGAAUCACCUUCUUUGAGGCCACCAAGCAUGAUAUAUGGCUAUGUUCUGAUUUGGGUGGUCACACAAUGAAGAUAGAAUCCAAAAGUGGUGAACACAUCCAGCACACCUUCCUGUUUCUGUUUUCCCUACAACAACCACUUGGUGAGGUGGAAAUUCUUGACUGGAAGACAAAACAGCAGCUCUGCUUCCUAGAAAAGGUUGAGCCACACACUACAAUAAGUGACAUCCAAGCGAUGCUCCACAAGAUAUAUCCUCAGUGGUAUCCAGCAAGACAAUCUAUAAGGCUUGAUCCUAAAGGAAAAUCCCUGAAGAAUGAGGAAAUCCUGCAACUGCUGCCUUUUGGCACCACUGCUACUCUCUAUUUUAAAGAUUUAGGGCCGCAAAUUGGAUGGACCAUGGUAUUUUUGAUAGAAUAUACGGGCCCAUUGUUCAUCUAUUUUGUGUUUUAUCUCCGCAUGCCUUUUAUCUAUGGCCAGGAUGACAGAUUUACUUCAGGCCGACAUCCAGUAGUUAACUUGGCAUGUAUCUGCCAUUCUUUCCACUACAUCAAAAGGUUGAUUGAAACAAUAUUUGUUCAUCGGUUCUCCCAUGGGACUAUGCCACUGAGGAAUAUUGUUAAGAAUUGUUUCUAUUACUGGGGAUUUGCUGCCUGGCUUGCUUUUUAUAUCAAUCACCCUCUUUACACACCACCAUAUUAUGGACAAAAACAAGUCAAUUUUGCUCUGAUCAUGUUCCUGACAUGUGAAGCCGGAAACUUUUCUAUCCAUGUUACACUUAGUAAUCUGAGAAGAGAUGGAAAAAGAUCCAAGACCUGUAAGAUCCCUUAUCCAACGAAGAAUCCUUUCACGUGGCUAUUUUAUUUUGUGUCAUGCCCUAAUUAUACCUAUGAGCUGGGAACAUGGAUUGGUUUUACUAUCAUGACUCAGUGCGUUUCAGUGGGAUUGUUCACCUUGCUGUGUUUCAUUCAGAUGACAGUCUGGGCAAAGGACAAACACGGCACUUAUAUACGAGAGUUUAAGGACUACCCUAGUUUUAGAAUGUCCAUUAUUCCUUUCUUAUUAUAAGAACAAUGUUUUUCCCCUUCUGAAUUAUAAGCAGCAAAAUGGAUGGGCAUCCAAGAAGACCGUUAGCAAUGCAGCCAAGAUGUGGAGAUAAUUUAGGUUGAUUAUUUCAGAUGCAUGUUACUACUGUGCUACAGUGAGAGGGGCUCAAAAGUCACACUUCCUUUUCUGAUAUGCAGGUUUUAGCAUUGACUCCUCUUUUUUUUCUUCUUCUUCUUCAUCUUAUUGCCUUAAGGGUCAUGAAAAGCAUUCACAUUUUAUUGCAGUUUGAUCAGCCAAGGUAACAGAUAGUUGAUGCUUUUGGAGCUUCUCUGGGUUAGGCUCCAAGAAAACAAAAUCAUGAGCAUCCAUACUGCAUCCAAAAGAGGGGGGGAAAGGUUGCAUCUGGUAUAAGAUGCUUGCUAUAGCAAGCAGUAUAGGUCAUUUAUGGGAAAUCUCUAGCCUACAGGCCUAAUCUGGUUUAUGAGGCCAGCAUGUUACAGCCUGGGGGUUUGGCCUUAAUCUAAUCUGCACUGAAACCUGUCUCAUUCCCCCAAAGACCCCUCUCAUCACUGCCCUGCUGAUCGGAAGCACAUCCAGUGCAUGGCUUUCCCAGGGAAUUCUCACUAUAGACAGAUCGUCUUAAGAGUUGCCUUUUGCUUCCCCUCAAAAUGGAGGACUUACAGCAACUCCGGUUCAGGUUCUCCCUGUACUGCAUUUCUUUUGAUGGGGAAAUGUGCACACUUGACAUCUAGGCAUCUGUUCCUAACCACAAUGGCACCAAAGUGACUUAUCAAAAUAAGCAUUGGGAUAUCACAAUAAAAGCUCCACAUCUCCCUGCUUGCAUAGUAAUAUCCCACAAAGUACACAGAGAAAGAGUUUAUGUUGCAAGGGAUAUUUCUUCAUAGUUGUCCUGUCCUUUACAGAUACCAAUGUAUACUGGACAAUUACAAGAAUAACGUGGAGAAAACGCACAGUGGAAAGUGUUCCACGGAUUUAUGACUCCCCUUAGUCCUGGAUGGAGAGCAGUAUGCUUCCCCAAUCUCGCUCUAUAUAGAAAAAGACCAAUGUUUCUCUAUUUUAAAGUCCACAUCCUGAAAAUAUAAUCCAUUGGGCCAGGGAGAUUCAGCCCCAAACUGGAUCCAAUUCCCAACCCUGGUGUAGAACAUGUUACCGGUACAUAGAACUAGAGUAGGAACACAAGGAAAGGAAGCCGUCAAUAUGCUAAGAAUAAUCAUCUGAUGCAGCCAUCAUGUGAACCUACCAACCAGCCACUCAGAAUUGCUUAUGAUUUGAGGUACAAUUAAGCCUAGUAAAAUAAAUAGAAACAUAAGAGUUUCUCUGGAGAUUGCAUAUCUAAAUAUCCCCAAUAAAAGUAGACCUAGUGUUGGACAGCAAUUGGGACUGGGAUUGCUGUCACUGAACAAUGCAGUCAUAAAGUAUGACACACAGGAUCUCAUUGCUAAGCAAUCCAGGCAAUCCCUGUUGUCAUCAUAACUCCAAUAACCAUUAAGUAGAAGUUUGAAAUAAGGGGCUCGGGGUAUCACGUGCUGGCACAGCCUGUCUACUAGUUGGGGGAAGGGGGCGACUGCAGCUCAAAUGCAGAGAGGCUGAGGUAAGGAGAGUGUGCGGGGGGGGGGCGGGAUUUACCUGAGUGAAUGCAACCUUCCCUGCCAACUUCCCCAGCUUGUGAGAAGAUAGCAGGGAAGGUCGCCAAUGGCAAUCACGUGACCGCAGGAUGCUGCAAUUGUCGUAAAUUGCGAGCUGCUUGCUAAGUGCUCAGAUCAUAAUCAUAUGACCGUAUGUGGACUCUGCAAGAGCUGGAACUUUGAUGACCAAUCAUAAGCACACGUCUAAUGCUGUCCCAGUUCGGUUGCUGGACAAAUAGUCUUGGCAAGCAAAGCUACCAAUAAAAAAAAAAUGGCUAAAUGUAAAUAAGGAAAUUGAUUUUUAUCCAAUCUUUGGCACGUUCUAUCUUCAUGAAACCCUAUUAGAUAGGGGAUGCAUUCCCUACAUUUAACCUCACCACAUCCUGCAACCUGGUGCUUCCACAAAUGCUAUAGCAUCUUAUACUACCUGCGUUUCUCAUGCUUAGAAAUGCUUUCUAUGCACACUUACUUGAAUGUAGGUCUUAUUGGUGUGACCAGUACGUUUUUUCUAAAAAAAAAAAAAAAAAAAGUACCGGAAUUCACACACGUCAUACAACCCGCCUUGCCUACCCUACAAGGUUCCAUCCAAAAAAGGUGCUGGAACUCUGUUCUGGGCAUUCUAUGACAAAAAAAGCCCUGGAUGUAACUUACUUUUAAGUAAACAUGCAUAGUAGCAGGUUACUAUAGACUGCAGUCCUCCAGUCUUAUGCCUGGACCCAAGGAAAUAUUAAACAAUCCUGUAUCGUAUUUUUAGCUAAAAUGCCCAAUGUAUUUUUUAAAAAGUGUGCAAAAUGUAUCAAGAAAUCAGUACAGCAGUUGUCUUAAAUUUUUAAGAAGACUGUAGCAACAAAAGCACCUGGGAUGUUUCAGAUUUAUUUCUCUAGAUAUAAUGUACAUUUUUUCAGCUAUUUGUAAAGAGAUAAUAUGUAAUAAACUGAAACUUAUAUUU